AAUAGUUCUGAAAACAAAAAAUUUGAAACAACACUUGAAAGUAGUAAAGAAAAAUCAACACAACACUAUAAUCGUCAACAGUUAUUCUUCCUCAGCACAAGAGAGGCCCACCAAAUCUACAAAUAUCCGUGGAAACGGAGCAGUCAUUUGGUCAUUCUUGUGUAUCGUUGUCCAGCAUCAGAAUGGCCUUCUCACUUUGGGGGAAUCAGCCAUCCUGGUGGGAGGUAUGGAUUGCGAGAGUUUGUGGUGAUCGCCCCAGCUGCAAACAGCGAAGCUGUUCUCAGUGAAUCUAAGUGCAAUCUUCUUCUGAGUUCUGUGUCUAUCGCUUUGGGAAACACUGGCUGCCAGGUGCCACUCUUCGUACAAAUUCAUCACAAAUGGCGGAGAAUGUAUGUGGGAGAAUGUCAGGGUCCUGGUGUCCGAACUGAUUUUGAAAUGGUUCAUCUUCGAAAAGUGCCAAAUCAGUACACUCAUUUAUCAGGCCUGCUGGAUAUCUUCAAAUCAAAGAUUGGAUGUCCUUUAACUCCGUUGCCUCCGGUUAGCAUUGCUAUUCGAUUUACCUAUGUACUUCAGGAUUGGCAGCAGUAUUUUUGGCCUCAGCAACCUCCAGAUAUAGAUGCCCUUGUAGGAGGAGAAGUUGGAGGCCUGGAGUUUGGCAAGUUACCAUUUGGUGCCUGUGAAGACCCUAUUAGUCUUCCUUCUCCUAAGUUCUUAUUCCCUGAUGCUGCUUCUGAGAAACCAUUAGAUGGAGCCUCUUCAACAGACAGCAAUAAUCUUCCAUCAGAGAAUGAAGAAUAUAAUCUCUACAAUCAGUUCAAAUCUGCACCAUCUGACAGUUUAACGUACAAACUGGCUUUGUGUCUUUGUAUGAUCAAUUUCUACCAUGGAGGAUUGAAAGGAGUGGCACACCUCUGGCAGGAGUUUGUUCUUGAAAUGCGUUUCCGAUGGGAAAACAACUUUCUGAUUCCAGGAUUAGCAAGUGGACCCCCAGAUCUGAGAUGUUGUUUGCUACAUCAGAAACUACAGAUGUUAAAUUGUUGUAUUGAAAGAAAAAAGGCACGUGAUGAGGGGAGAAAGACAAGUACUUCAGAUAAUGUGACUAAUACCUGUCCCGGGGAUGCUGGAAAAGCUGGAGAGCAGCCAGAUGUGGGAAAAUCUUGGGAUUCUUGGAGUGAUAGCGAAGAAGAAUUUUUUGAAUGCCUAAGUGAUACUGAAGAACUUAAGGCAAAUGGACAAGAGAGUGGCAGGAAAGGAGGACUUAAGGAGAUGGCAAAUUUAAAGCCAGAAGGACGCCUUCAUCAGCAUGGGAAACUUACCCUGCUACAAAAUGGAGAACCUCUCUACAUUCCAAUAACCCAGGAACCAGCACCGAUGACAGAAGAUCUGCUAGAAGAGCAGUCGGAGGUUCUGGCUAAAUUAGGCACAUCAGCUGAAGGGGCUCACCUCCGAGCACGCAUGCAGAGCGCCUGUCUGCUCUCAGACAUGGAGUCUUUUAAGGUAGGUCACACUGUCAGUGCUCGGAUUCUGUGGCCAUGUGGAGGUGGGUUACAGGAGGGCAUGGCUGGUGGUGUGGGUCCUGGGAGGAUAUUCCCAGGGGCUGUCACCUUCCAGGUCCAUGGACGCUACCUGUCUCUGGAAAUCAAAGCCGCCCUCUCUCUGUCCUUUCAUUACCCCUCUCCUAGGUUCGUGAGUGGCCUGUUAGAGCAGCCUGAAGUGUUAGUCGUCGGUGCAGGAAGAGGACAUGCUGGCAGAAUUAUUCACAAGCUGUUUGUGAAUGUACAGAGGGUAUGUGAGAUUCCUUACCACCUGUAUCAUGAUCUCUCCAGACCUCCACUCAGUAGGGAGGAACUGAAGAGAAUGGGCCCUCCAGAAGAGAGAAGGCAGAACUCGGUGUCCGACUUCCCGCCCCCUGCUGGCCGGGAGCUGCUGCUGCGCACCACCGUGCCCCGCCCCGCCCCGUAUUCCCGAGCUCUGCCCCAGCGCAUGUACAGCGUGCUCACCAAAGAGGAUUUCAGACUGGCAGGUGCCUUUUCAUCAGAUACCUCCUUCUUCUGAUUCUUCUAGAGUUACCUCAUUUGUGGCUUCGGAAACAGUGCUGACCCCUUCCUGUGGGAAGGACUUGGGUGUGCUCGUCAGAACCCGAGAGGCCAUGGAAAGGGCCUGUCAGUUGAAUGAUCAAGCGUCAUACCAGCAUCUGAAAGACUUCCAGAGCCGAGCUUGGGCUGUGCUGUAUCUUGGUGGGGGCCUAGGGAAUGGGCUUGAGCUAUUGAAAGGUUUCUUCCCCAAAGAGAUGGUCCUUGUUUGGGGUCUGGUUGGGGACCAAAAAACAGCAGGAGCUCUCUGUACUCACUCUGGCGAGAUUGUGUUCAUUUAUCUUUAUUCUUUUCUGUGACUACCCCAUAGGCUAUUGCCUUGUCUUCAUAGUCUGUGUAAACACUUCUUAGUAUCAAGUAUACAAAAUAGAUUAUCUGUUCACUCAGAUUGCUGGAUAUUUUGGUGGUAGCUUCUGUUCCCAGAAUCUGUGUUUUUAAAAUACUAAAUGACAUUCUGUUUUAUUCAGUCACCUGGUGGCCUAACUUUUGAAGAACAUUUUGAAUAUUCUAGGAAAAAGCCUAGAAUGUCACAUAGUUUAUGUGUCUUUCUAUGUAGCUGUGAUCUAACUGUAUUCCUUCUGACAAAACUAUAUAUUAAAUAUUGCUGCAAAUUAGUUUGAUAUCUACCUUGUAAGGUUUGUUUCUCUUUCUUGUUUUGUUUUGGGUGCCAUGUAAGUUAGAUAUCAUCCUGCAAAUUAUUCUCUUCUUCCCUUGCUGUGCAGCAUGCAUUCCUUUUUUUGUGGUUGCUGUCUAGGUACUGUAUUUAAUGAAGUAGAGAUGAACACAUGCUAAAAAUGUAGCCUUGGUGCAUAGAGAUUAUCAUGCAGUUAGUAUAAUUUGGUAUAUGUGCUAAUGUAAUGAAUAGGAGAUGAUCUCGCUGAACUAUUUUGUAUUUUAGUUAAAAUGAAAAUAAUCGAUGGGGAUGUGUAGUAGCACCGAGCAUUAGGAUAACAGUUAUCUGUUGAUCAAGAUUUAUUAAGUCUGUAUUGCUAUAUGGCCUGUGUUCCAUAAUCUUAAAUCUAUUUUUAGGCCUAAAAUUCCCACUUUAUUCCAAAGUCAAAAAUGGUUAUACUGAAGCAUAGACCUUGCUAUGAAACUUUAUAGAAUAGAGCUGUGUAAACCUGGCAUAUUAUUUUUGUAAAAAAAAGUAUGUGUACAUGUAUGCACAUAUGUGUGGGUUUGUGUGUAUAUAUGAAGUAUGGAGGCCCUGACUUCUGGCCUUCACAGUGCUUUUCUCUGAGACGCUGGACUUUGAUUGCUGGCACACCAUGCAGACGCAGGCCUGGGGACCAAGCGCUGUACCAAGGAGAAAACAUUUUUCAGGGACAGAGUUUGUCUGGUUUCUAAUGAGGAAGGUGAUAACAAAGAAACAUUUUACAGGGAGAAGUUGGACUUUUAAAAGGCGUUGUGAGUCUAAUAAAAGGAAAGUGUUGCUUUUUCUGGCUGA